AUGUCUGGCAUCUUCACAUUACUCUACGUUGCAUUGCUGAUGCUUAAUGCAGUGGCCAUCUUGAAUGAGGAGCGGUUCUUGGCGCGGAGUAAGUUUUCCCUCCCGGCAGCACAGGGGCACGCAGAUGUCUACGGAGACACAGAGUCGGUCAAAUCCAAACUCAUCAACCUGAUCUCGGCAGUGCGGACGCUGAUGAGGAUCCCACUCAUCGCCAUAAACGUUCUUGUAAUUGUAUACGAGCUCACCAUCGGCUGA